AUGCUGCUGAUACUAGCAAUACUGGUGGGGUUCGUCAUCUACUUCUAUCGUCAAACGCAGCUCAAGAAGACGUACUAUGAGCGGUUGAUAAAGGUGGUAACCGUAUCGCGGAAUCCAGCUCAAGGCAGUUCCGAGGGCUUCCAAAUGCCGGUUGUGAAAAUUGAGAAGCAUCGGACGGUUAUGGUUCAAAAUGACGCGUACGAUUCGGUUCCAGAUUUGGAGUAUGAAUUCCCCGUUGAUUUGCGGUGGGAAAUGUCACGACAGAGAAUCGUGUUGGGGAAGAUACUUGGAGCUUUUGGUAGAGUUGUGCAGGGGAAAGCUUCCGGAUUAUCGGAGGGAGUGAACAGUAUACCGGUUGCUGUGAAAAUGUUGCGCGAAAAUCACACCGAUGAAGAAGUGAAGGAUUUGGUGUGCGAACUGGAGAUCAUGAAGAUGUUUGGGAAGCAUCCAAAUGUUAUCAGUUUGGUUGGAUGUUGCAGCAACGAGGGUUCGCUGUACGUCAUCACCGAGUACGCAACUUACGGCAAUUUGAAGAACUUUCUUCGUGGGUUUCGAUUCGAGGGAAGUUUGGACAAGCUUGAUAAGCAAGCUAUUUCUGUGCAGCGGUUGGUAACAUUUGCACUGCAAAUUGCUACUGGCAUGGAGUAUUUAUCAUCAAUCAAGUGCAUUCAUCGAGACUUGGCCGCACAGAACAUUCUGGUCAGCGAAGGUUACGUCAUGAAGGUUGCCGACUUUGGACUUGUUCGAGAUGUUCAGGACCAUUAGUACUACCGGAAGAUGACCGCCGGGAAGGUUCCAAUCCGUUGGAUGGCACCGGAAUCGUUGGAGAACUUUUUCUUCGACUCGCGAACGGAUGUCUGGUCGUUUGGUGUGCUUCUGUGGGAGAUCAUGACUCUUGGUGCUCAACCGUACCAACACAUAUCAGCUUGGGAGCAUUUGUUGCAGCACUUGAAGGAAGGCAAUCGAUUGAAGGAGCCAACUCAGUGUCCUUGGAAGGUUUAUUCUGUUAUGAAGGAGUGCUGGCAAAUUACACCCGAGCAACGUCCAUCAUUUGAGGGAAUCGUAGAAAGAUUGAAGCUUUAG